GGUUGUCAAGGUAAGAACGCUUCCUUUCAGUCUCCGGUUCUCUGUUAUCGUUCAAACAUUUCAAAUAUCACAAUUUAGUCGCGCAGCGCUACGGUAACAUCAAUAAGUGUAAAAAUAGAAUCCAUGAACUUCAAAAGGUGCAGGUGGUCCGGUCGGGUACUCACGCAGGGACCUCGGUAUCGAUUCGUAGACGUACACAGAGCUGAUGCUUUAUAGCUGUCACGCCAGUGCGUAGUCGAACCACACAAUAUGGCACAAGUCCUCGAUUCUGGGUCGGUUGUUGUAGCCGACUGGCACCGAAGUGCAGAUAGCAAGGAGUUCUUCAGCAGGAUUCUACACAAGAAAAGACGUAGAAACUUUGGUAUGUUUCUUGACUUAGUAUCUGCUAAAUUGCCCUACUUGUAUAUCAUACAUAAAUCAUACUGUACACAGUUAGCCUUAUAUUGAUUCAUUAACUUUACAUUUGAAUACAAAAAAAUAUAAAUAUACAUUUUUCCAGGUCUUCUGGAGGCUCCAGUGAUGCCCCCAAAUGUGGCUGUGGACACUGUUCACUAUAAGAUUUUCAUAACAGGAAAGAGUGGGGUGGGGAAGACUGCUCUUGCUGCACGUCUAGCUGGAUUGAAUAUUCCUAACAUGCACUAUGAAACUACAGGUAGGCCUAGUGCAGCUGUGAACAUUUGGCAUAAUACAGGUAGGCCUAGUGCAGCUGUGAACAUUUGGCAUAAUGCCUGCAUAUUAUGGGUUAAAUUAACAUGUGUAACAGCACAUUUCUCAAGUAACACACCUGUUCUUGUAGGUAUUGAGACCACAGUGGUGUAUUGGCCCGUGAAGUUGAGGGAGAGCGGUCGUGUUCUGUUUUUCCGCUUGCAGCUAUGGGAUUGUGGAGAGAACGCCUUACGCCGAUUUGACCACUUGCUUCCGGUAUGCUUGAAAUAUCACAAGCUUCACUUAGCACAGGAAAAAAGAAUAAUAGCAUUAAAAGCUGCACAAUGUUUUGGUGAUUCAUAUUAACAAAAAUGAUUAAAUUCCCUUUCCCUUUUCAUGUGCGUCUCAGUCCUGUAAGGAACAGGUGGAUGCCAUCCUCUUCCUCUUCUCCUUUACUGACCGAGCCUCCUUCGAUGAUCUGUCCAAUCAGAUCGCCAGAGGGUCUGAACCUUGCGACAGAGUUGUGAAAUUGGUUGUUGGCACCAAGUAUCCUUACAUCAUUCCCUGUGGGGGUGUGGUUGACCGUUUGUGACCGAUUAAUAUCCACUACCCAGAAUUCUUUGUUCUUGACAGCGAUCCUCAGAUUUGACCUGUUCAUGCACACAGACGUGACGGAGAGAGAGGUGUCUCGGUUCCAGGAGGUCUGGGGGUUGCCUGUGUUCCGUAUGGGGGGUGACGUCAGCAACGUCAGUAACCUGGGUGAGGUAGCUCCCCUACUGAACUGCCUGGCAGAGCACCUGUGGCACCAGGACUGUGUGGCUGCCAGGUCUACCAUCCUCCCAGUCUCCACACAGUCAGAGGCUGCUACUGUGGUACAUGUAUGA